AUGGACGUAAUCGAGCCCGUCACAGCAUCCGAAUGGAUAUCACCUAUCGUCGUUGCCCGGAAGAAGGACGGGAAGAUACGUCUCUGCGUGGACCUUCGAGGAUCUAACAAAGCAGUCGUCGUGGACGCUUUUCCUCUGCCUACUAUGGAUGAAUUGCUCUACCAACUCGCAGGCGCCAAAGUCUUUUCUAAGCUCGACCUUACGGCAGCUUAUCACCAGGUCGUGUUGGCGCCCGAGAGUCGCGAUCUCACUGCCUUCAUCACUCACAGAGGAUUGUACCGCUAUAAGCGAGUCUGUUUCGGCUUGGCUUCAGCUCCGUCGGCUUUUCAAAAAAUGUUUGACCUCUUCAAGGAUUGCCCAGGUGUCAAAUGCUAUCUCGACGACAUUAUCGUUUUCGGAGUGAAUGAGCAAGACCACUUGAAGAAUCUUCAUCGUGUCCUUCAGCUGAUCUCUAAUGCAGGACUCAAACUGAACGACAAAUGUGUCUUCGGAGUGCGAGAACUGACUUUUGUUGGACAUACAGUCAGACCGAACGGCAUUUCUCCUAACUUUGCAAAUCUUCAGGCGAUACAAGAUGCUGCUACCCCGGACGAUAAGAAGACACUCUCUUCGUUUCUGAGAAUGAUGAGUUACUACGCCAAGUUCAUAAAGAAUUACGCAGAUGAAGUAGAACCACUACGAGAGCUUCUACGGGGAGAUGCACCGUUUCUCUGGACCGAGGAGAGGCAAAUCGCCUUCAACAGGCUGAAGUCAUUGCUUAUGGAAUCAACCGCACUUGCACUUUUUCAUCCCGAUCUGCCUAUUACAGUCUCCACGGAUGCGUCUGCAUACGGACUGGGAGCUGUACUUCAACAGCAGCAUGGCUCGUAUCUAGAGACCGAUCAUCAAGCGCUUCAAGUACUCCUGAGCAGGCAAGGUACGGGUCAUCGUCCACUGCGGACAACACGGUGGUGUAUGAGGCUGCUGGAUUACACAUUCGACGUCGUUUACAAGAAAGGGAAACAAAAUGUAAUCGCAGACGCUCUUUCGCGCCUUCCUGCACCUUUGGCUGCUCCUUCCAUUCAAGAGUCCCUUCAAGAUGAAGACGAGAUCAUCUGCUGGAUCGACAGCACUGGUUCCGGCAUUCUGUCGAGACAAGACCUCCAAGCUGAGAGUUAUGCCGACCCGCUGCUAGCGCAGAUCCUCAAGUUCAUCCAACAAGGAUGGCCAAGCAGGAAUACAAUGAGCCAGAAUCUCUCUGCAUUCGGGCAAGUCAAAGACGAACUGUCUGAAGUGGACGGUCUGCUGCUUAGGCAAGACCGGAUAGUCGUACCACCAUCCCUACGCCCCAAGGUGAUCGCUUUAGCUCACGAAUCGCACCUAGGAAUCGUGCGCACGAAACAACGGAUUCGACAAUACUAUUGGUGGCCUGCGAUGGAUGCCGAUGUCGAGAGCUCGGUCCGCAAUUGCUUGAUCUGCCAGUCAGCAGGUAAAAGCGCUAAGACAUGUUCCCCACCACUUCAGCCAAUUCCUUUUCCGGAUGGACCUUGGGAGAAAAUAGGCAUCGACAUCGUCGGCCCUGUACACCGUGCGCCACAGUCAUCUAAGUUCAUUAUCAGUGUCAUGGACUACUACAUCGAGAAGGAUACCCCACAGAGGUUGUAUCUGAUCACGGGCCGCAAUUUACUUCAUCGGACUUCGGAGUUUCUCAACGACCGCGGUAUUAAGCACACUUACUCGUCUGUUUAUCACUUUCAAUCAAAUGGUCUGAUUGAACGUUUUAACCGCGUCCUGAAAAGUUUCAUCCAAGUGGCCAUCCUCGAAAAGCGAAGCCUCGAAGCAGCACUUACUGACUACCUGGGCGAGUACCGUGCAACACCUCACACUACAACUGGAUACUCGCCGGCAGUUCUCUUACAUGGACGUGCUCUACGAACGAGACUGAACGUCGUCGGUCUGCCAAUUCCAGACUUUCAUGUAGAUCCAGUCGUGGCUUUGCAGAAGCUACGGGAGAAAAUACUCAAGAAGCAGUUGGCGACCAAAAAGUAUGUCGACAAUAAACGCGCCGCUCACGUAGUUACUCUCAAAGUUGGGGACUUCGUCCGAGUAAAACAACCAACACACGUCACGAAGGGUGACAGAUUAUUCUCCACACCAAGGAUGAUUGUUGCAAGCCAAGGAAACAGUUCUUUCUUGCUGGAUGAUGGCAAGGUCUGGAACGCAAGUAGACUCUCGAAAGUAUCUAGAGAAGCGUCUCACAAGUAUCGCAAGAAUGUCCACCAUCAGGAUGAAGUUCACUGGUCGUCGAUCGACCCUCCACAGUUAUCUACGUUGCCUGUGAGCAACGAUCGUGAAGCAUCUACCGUCGACCCUCCGCUUGAGCCGGUUACUUCAACCUCGACGCAGGAGCCUCAAGCAAAACGGCAAGAACCUUUACGCAGGGGUAGCCGUGAAAGACGACCACCGCAACGGUUGCGAUACUGA